CGUUCAUGGUGGUGAACGCUUCGGGCCGGGCGUCCGGGCAGAAGGCUCACCUCUACAUGCCCACCUUGAAGGAGAACGAUACCCACUGCAUCGACUUCCUGUACUCGCUGUCCAGCAGGGACGGAGCCAGCCCGGGCACGCUCAACGUCUACAUCAAGGUGAAUGGAGGAGCUCAAGGCAACCCGGUGUGGAAUGCCUCUGAUACUGUCACCGAAGGCUGGGUGAAGGCUGAGCUCGCCAUCUCGACAUUCUGGCCCAACUCCUACCAGGUAAUAUUUGAAGCAGUUUCAGUUCAGGGUCAUCCAGGAUUCAUCGCCAUCGACGACAUACGAGUUCUGGCUCAUCCUUGCCGUAAAGCGCCUCACUUCCUGCGCCUGCAGAACGUGGAGGUGAACGUGGGUCAGAAUGCCACGUUUCAGUGCACGGCUGGAGGGAAGUGGUCUCAGCACGAUAAACUCUGGCUGCAGCAGUGGAACGGUAAGGACACGGCGCUGAUGGUGACCAGGGUGGUGAACCAUCGGCGUUUCUCUGCGACCGUCAGCGUGGGCGACACAUCGCAGCGCAGCACCAGCCGCUACCGCUGCGUCAUCCGCUCCGACGGCGGCUCCGGGGUGUCCAACUACGCCGACCUCAUCGUAAAAGCUCCACCCACGCCCAUCGCUCCACCCGAGCUCCUCGCCGUCGGCGCCACCUACCUGUGGAUCAAACCCAACGCCAACAGCAUCAUCGGGGACGGGCCGAUCAUCCUGAAGGAAGUGGAGUACCGCACCACGUCGGGGAACUGGGCGGAGACUCACGUGGUGGACGCCCCCACCUACAAACUUUGGCACCUGGACCCGGACGUGGAGUACGAGAUCAAGGUGCUGCUGUCCAGACCGGGUGAGGGGGGGACGGGACCACCGGGGCCACCGCUGGUCACCAGGACCAAAUGUGCAGGUAGGGGACGCCUCUUUUAG